AUGGCUUCAUAUCUUUCAACUGGCUUUCAAGCGACACAUCUAGCGAAGGCCAUACAGGAGGUUAAUAGCAUGCUAGACGAAAGAGAAGCAUGCUGUGAUGGGGACAACAUGGAAAAAUUCUUUCCCUAUCCUAUAGAACGACGUAUUCCUCGUUGUACAAUAUUUCUGGGUUACACCUCAAAUCUCGUCAGCAGCGGUCUCAGAGAGAUGUUUCGAUUUGUGGUCCAGCACAACCUCGUUGAUUGUGUGGUGACGAGCGCUGGCGGAGUUGAAGAAGAUCUGAUCAAAUGUCUCCUACCUUCUUACCUGGGCGAUUUUCGUAUGGACGGCAAAAGCUUACGGUUCGUUCAAUAA